ACUCUUCGUGAGCACUAGCUUGCUAGUGAGACACCAACUUACCUUGCAGCAACAGAAGAACAGGAAACAUUUGUUGUUGUUUUCAGGAUGAAAUGCAGGCAGCAGCGAUGGAUCCCGCCGAUGAGCCCCCGGCCAUGCUGUGGGGAAUGGACCCGAUCUUCUCCGCCUUUGCUCGGCUGUUUGUCAGGGACAUCCUGCAGAUGACAGAGUCCAUACAGGUUCCAGGCAUUUAUUUCUACAAUUUGCAUCCGAUCUACAAAGUGGAUGUUCUUGGAAUAGUGGUUUACAAAAGGGAGAGAGACGACUUCUUCUGUUAUGGAGUGGAUGAUGGUACUGGAGUUAUAAACUGUCUGUGCUGGAAAAGUAACCUAUUGAAAGAAGAAGAGGAUCCCAGUAAAUCUGGGACGAAACACAGUGAUGCCGCCGAAGGUGGGUUCGAUCCGGUCGCAGAGCUUAGAAAACUCCGACAGAAACAACGCAAACGUUGCCACCUGGAGAUCGGAGAGCUGAUCCGGGUUCGAGGGCCUGUGAAGACGUCGAGGCAACAGAGAGAAAUCAUGGCUUCCACCUACUAUAAGGUGGACGACCCAGUGAUGGCGGUCCAGAUAGCCUGGAUGAUGGAGGUCCCUCAGCUCUACAGGCUGUUUUACGACAAGCGCUUCCAGCUCGACGUAGCAGGAGACUCAGCAGAAACUUCUCUUAGCAAAGCAACAAACGUCAUUAAGGACUUCCUGAAGCAGAGGUUGGUGGCUAAGUUCAGACCGUACGACGUCCAGGAUCUGCUGCAGCCUCUGAUCUCCAGCCGACUCCAAGCUCAGGAGGCUGUUGCUGGUCCGUCUGGCUGCCAGCAGCUCAACCAGCUCCUGAAGGAGGUUCUGCAGGUCCUGCAGGACGAAGGCACCGUGUACCGCAAGGUCAAGUCCCAGGAUGAAGUGUAUCAUGUGACCAUACAAGACAAAGAUCUGCUCAUAGCGGUCAAAGAUAUCAUCAGGGAGGAUUCAAAGAGAGAAAAGUACGCGGAGAAGGGUUGCCACAUCUUGCACAUCCUGUCUGCGGUCAGGCAGCGCUACAGCCUCAAUGUGAGCAAGGCGGCCCUGGAGCUCGUCCUGCAGACGCUGGAGUGUGACAGCGACAUCGUCAGCACCAGUGACAGCCACUACAUCGCCUUCUGACCGCCGCGGCCUGGAACUCAAACUCAACGUGUCAUCAACACUCCUCAGUUUAUCACGACUGGUUUAGAUGGUUUAAAGAUAAAUAAAGGAUAAACAGAUGGCAGGAUCAGCUUGUUCUGACGGCCUGAGGCUGAAAAACUCUCCUGGGUUUCUGUUGAGCCCCAUUUCUUUGGAACUAUCAGCAGUAUGAGCAGCCUUUCUUUAGAAUGAUUAUUUAAUCCUCACGUCCCUUUUGGAAAAUAAAAAACAGCUGCCAAGAAACACAAAUCUAUCUCAGAGGCACCCAUCCUCUUCCUCCUCUUGUCCAUCUGUUCCCUCCUUUUUAAGCUGUCACAGGGAAACGACAUGAACAUAGAAGCUUAUUGUCGCUACAUCAACCCGAUGCGCCGGCAGCUUGAUGAACCACCUGCAGCAGCAGCUGUCUCUCCCAGUAGUCAUUUACUGUCUGACAUUAACACCUCCUCACAUCGCUGUGGAGGAAAUUUUGAUUUUUUUUAUAACUCUGCUUCUCUUUGUUGAGGUUUGUAAAUAUUCAGUUAUUAAAAAAUAACCUCAUUUAUCCCGUUAGGUGUUAUUAUCUGAGUGUCUGCAGAGUGUUGCUGUGGGCAGGGAGGAUCUCCAGUAGCAGCCAGGUUUUCAUUGAAUGUAAAAGUGCCUCUGACUGAAGAUUAUUGCGACGUUUUUUUGCCAAAAUAAUUUUUUAUCAAGAAUGACUUAUGCCAUUAUUUUGGGAAGGUGUCAGUAUUCAGGUAUUUACACUUAUGAAUCUAGAAUUUGCCAUGUAGAUCAAUAAUUUCAAAAGAAAAAAAUCGGAGGACUUUUGUUUUUAUAAACUAUACAUUUUAUGUUUAUCUUAAAUAUAUUUUGUUUUCACAUUUUUCCAUACAAAUAAAAUACAUUGCCACGAUAUUAAUGGACUUUCGACCUAAA